AUGCCUCGUUUUCAGCCCUUAUUACGAUUGACAAAUACUCUACAUGGUAAUCGUCGAUAUCGUUUACACACUACACAACUCAUAGUAUUAGUCAUUAUUAUAUUUUUAUGUUUAACACUUCUUGCUGGUCAUUAUUUACCUGAUGCAACAAAAAAUGUUGAUUUUGCUGAUAUUAUUAAACGACAUAAAACUGAUUUUAAAGACGUUUUUGUACCACCGAUUCCAAAACCGCCACUUCAUUUAAGAUCGGGUAGAAUUUUGAAUGAACAUAAUCAUUCUAUACAUUUACAUGAUCAACAAGAGAUAUUAAAAGCAAAAAUUGAUCGUGCAAAAAUUGUUGAUACAUUAGAUGCUCCAGAUUUAAAACCCAAAACAUCAACAUUAAGUUCAAUAAUUGAAGAUGAAAUUGAUCAAACAAAAUUGAAUGAUACAAAUGAUAUUGGCGAUAGUGAACAACCAUUUUCUAUUGAAAAUUUAACACAAUUAUUUGGAAAAAUGUCUAUUGAAAAGUUAGAAAAAAUUAAAUCGCCAAGAUUUAGAAGAGAAAAAGUUCGAGAGGUAAGUUAA